UAUCAUUCCCAAAAAUGGCGUCCACACGACCACUAGGCCCACCAAUCUCCUACACCCCGGCCUCAUUACCAUCAAACAAAAUCCUCACAGGCCGAACUAUCCACCUCGAGAAACUCAAUCCAGACCAUGCCAUCUCCCUCUUCCCUCUCCUCGGCGGAACAGACCCCUCCAUCACACCGCUAUGGGACUACAUGCCCGACGGCCCAUACCCCGACCUCCCCACAUUCCAAACCGCCAUAACCACCAAAUCAACCUCCACAGACCCCUUCUUCUACAUUAUGACUGACGCCCGCAAAACAAGCCCUACAUACACAAAACCCCUCGGCUACAUAUCCCUCAUGCGCAUCACACCAGCCCAUCUAACAAUUGAAGUCGGGAACGUCAUGUUCUCAGCCGCUUUGCAGCGCACGACCGGUGCGACAGAGGCGAUUUAUCUCCUGAUAAAGCAUGCAUUUGAGGAUUUGGGGUAUCGGAGGGUGGAGUGGAAGUGCGAUGCGCUUAAUGGGCCGUCGAGACGGGCGGCGGUGAGGUUGGGGUUUACGUUUGAGGGCGUGUUUCGGCAGCAUAUGGUUGUUAAGGGGAGGAGUAGAGAUACGGCUUGGUUGUCGGUGUUGAGGGGUGAGUGGGAGGGGGGGAUUGGUGGGGGGUUGGAGAGGUGGUUGGAGGAGGGGAAUUUUGGGGAGGAUGGGGGGCAGAGGAGGAGUUUGGAGGAGGUGAGAGGUGAGGUUAUCCAUAAAUAA